UGAUCUGAGUCCUACCACUACCAGUGCAGGACCAGCAGGGUUUGCCACAUCAAAAGAGCGGAGCUUGUACGUUUGGUUCAGCGGAUCACAGCGAAGGUGGCGUUUUCUAGAUCGAGAACUGCUUUGUUCUCCGCACUGGAUUGUCCCUAUCCGUUUCCGAAUCAAUGGGCUGUAAUGUAGCUCGGCAAGCAAGGUUGGGGAGCGGACGAGAUUUUAGUCUUUAGUCACUAGUGCCAAAGUAGUGGUGUAAGAGCGAUACUUUUAGAAAAUAAAUACGUGGACAUGGUGAACGAAAAGGAUGGGCCCAUGCUCUCGAGAUGGGCUUAUGAGGAGAUCCAAUUCGCCAAUGAUGACUGCGGCUUGUGCGUGUGCGAGGUGACAGAUGGAAAAGGGAGCACCUCGAGACAGUGGAGCAGGGAGGAUUUCCCGGGUGUGCCUGGCGACAUUCUGGAGUUCUUUCGGGGUACGUAUCUGCAUUACGGUGUAAAGGUGGAUGGGGAGAACGUGGUGCAUAUGACUGGGGACGGUCCCGUGCGAUGGCAGAACAUUGCCAGCAGUGCGUCGGAGAAUGCCGUGGUCAAGAAGGAGUUGUUCAGCAAGGUGGUGCGUGGUGCCAGCUCGGUGCAAGUGUGGAAUAAAUACGACGACCGAUACCAGCCGUACCCGGCCGAUAAGAUUGUCAGGCGAGCGCUAAGCAACAUCGGGCAGCGUGGCUACCAUCUGCUCUUUCUCAACUGUGAGCACUUCAGCAACUGGUGCCGCUACGGGAUCAGCAUGAGCCACCAGGCGGAGGUUCUGGGCACAACGAUAGCGGCAACCAGCGGGGCAGCGAUCGGUGCGUUCCUCGGCCCCAUCGGCGCGGCAGUUGGCCUUGUGAGCGGAGUCCUACUGGCGACGGGAUCUACGUUCUGGCGUCAUCAAAAAGAAUACAGUAAGGUUCGUCAGCUGAAACGGUCGGUGUCAACAGCUAAGAUGCCGUCGAUGAUGCUUCGCCAGCACAGCAUACAGGCAGAGCAGAAUGGCGGAGGCAAUCGGCGAUUGAGUCCCGACGAUCAGAAUGUAGUGCAGUGACCGUAGCCGUGACUUUGUUGUUGUUGUUGUGUGUGUGUGUGUUUGUGUGUCUCAUAUGUAUAUGUGGGUGGGUGUUGAAUUGUGGCUAUAUCAACGGACACCUUCUGUGUUGCUAUGCACAUCACGCCGGCAUCGGUAGUGUCCAGUACAGAUAUAGACAAGAAGGUGCCGGAUGCUCCAUAGUGAGAGAGCUUAGAAUAUAGGUUUCAGUGGUACUCUUACUCUUACUGCAUUGUAACUUAUUCUGACUGUGAUGAUGGAGCAUGUGGAUUGCCGUGUUGCCUUGACUGAACUCUGCUAGGUACACUCAUGUACAUGUACGUGCACUGAGGUAGAGUAUACGCAGCUGCCGUUGCUAAAUACGUCUCUGCAGUGCUCUCACGGAACGCGUCUUUUCGGAUCUGCGACGCCGAGUCUGCAAGAAAGGCGCGGUGGACAAAUGGAGCGUGCUCUGGUCUAUCGCUGUUCCACAGCACAUUCUGCGGUAUUGCUAGCUUGUGUAAAAAUGAUCAUGACUCUUAUCAUUGUCAUUGUAGCUCAACUUGAAUUGAAGAAACUUCAACUUGAUUUUGUAACUGACAGGUUUUUUAAAAUUAAUUUUAGUUAUCAACCACUAGAAGAAUGCUUGACACUACGACUCGUAACGUUAGUUAGACAAUGCACUGUGUUUGUUGUUGGUGAACUUGUCGUAAUUUGGAAUGAAGUGACAAAGUAGUGGUGGAUGUGUAGUUUGAUAUCAAUGCCGGCAUUGAUGAUGGACGACAACGCCUUACUGAAGUA